GGGAGUACGUUGCCAGUUUUCAUUCCAUAGACUGUAGGCGACAGUAUUUUGAUUUGUAUACAUAGACUUUCUAUUUUAUCAUAAAUAACAUUAUUUGUAGGUUAAUAUACACUAAAUAUACUGUUCUCCGAAGUGUUCUUACUACUUAAUCGAACGGUUGAUCAACAUUAUAAAAAUAAUAGAUUUAUAAAAAAUGGCCGAAGUUUCAUCGACUGAUGAUAAUUUAAAUACUAAAAAUGGCAAUUUUAUAUGUGGAGUAGUUGAAGGUUUUUAUGGAAGGCCAUGGACUACAGAACAGAGAAAAGACUUAUUCCAAAAGAUGAAGAAAUGGGGCAUGGACUCUUACAUUUAUGCUCCCAAAGAUGACUACAAACAUCGAGCAUAUUGGAGAGAAUUGUAUACUGUGGAAGAAGCAGAACAUCUCUCAGGUUUAAUUCAGGCUGCCAAAGACCAGAACAUCACAUUUUACUAUGCACUUUCACCUGGAUUAGAUAUUACUUAUAGUAGUACCAAAGAAAUUACUGCCUUGAAAAGAAAACUAGAACAAGUAUCACAAUUUGGUUGUGAAGCUUUUUCAUUAUUAUUUGAUGAUAUUGAACCAGAAAUGUGUGAAGCUGAUAAGGAAGUGUAUCAAUCAUUUGCACAAGCUCAAGUGUCUAUUACUAACGAAGUAUAUCAACAUUUAGGACAACCUAAAUUCGUAGUAUGUCCAACACAAUAUUGUUCAACAAGAGCAGUACCAAAUGUCACAAAUUCAGAAUAUUUAAACACAUUGGGAUCUAAGUUGUCUCCUGAAAUCAACAUUAUGUGGACAGGUCAAAAAGUUAUAACGAGGACUUUGACUGCAGAAAAUAUUCAAGAAAUUACUGAAGCUUUAAGAAGACCACCAGUAAUUUGGGAUAACAUUCAUGCCAAUGAUUAUGAUCAGAAAAGAGUAUUCUUAGGACCUUACUCAGGAAGAUCUCCAGAUCUUAUACCCAAAUUAAGAGGAGUUGUUACCAAUCCGAAUUGCGAAUAUGGUGCUAAUUUCAUUGCCAUUCAUACAUUGGCUCAAUGGUCUAGAUGUAAUAUUGAUGGUCAAAGGGAUCUAACUUUGAAUGAUACAGUAUCAGCUGAUAUCAAACUGGAAACGGAAACAGAAGAUGGUCAAAUGUGUGAAGAUAUACCCACUUCACUUUCUCCAAAUAUGUAUCAUCCUAGACAAGCAUUGAGAAAUGCUAUAAAGGAAUGGCUUCCAGAAUUUAGCAAGCAUAAAUCAGCUUGGGGUCCUAUUGCCAAGCCACAACCAGCUGUAACAGUCAUUCCUGUGCCAAUCAUACCUUCAAUAAAUACGUGCAUGAGCCUGACUUCUACCACGACAACUAGUUCCACCGUUACUUCAACAGUUAAUGCUACUCAAUUACAAGCAUUAGCAGAGGUAACUGUGAACGAUAGUAUGGUAAAUCCACUGCCUGGGCCUAUAAUGAAUUCGUUAGUAUCUGAGUCCAAAGUAGUAUGUAAUGAAUCCAUUCCAAAUCCAAUUACAACAGUUUCUAUUCCAAUUCCUGUAACAGGAAUACAGGAUGAAACACGACAAAUAACAGUGCUGAGUGGUGCCAUUAUCAAACCCAAAAUAAAUAAUAGUAAUGAAGAAUUUAUCAAUUCCCAGGAUAGAGAAAUAAGAAAUGGAGAGGAGAAAGCAGUUGGAGAGAAAGAUGUGAAUGCUAAACAAACAAUGAAUACCGAUAGAGGAGCUAAUGAAAAUGAUUCCAGCCCUAGUACUUCAGAACCCAUGGAUUGUAACUGUACCCCAAACAUAUCCCCUAGCCAUGUAAUCAAAUCAACUGGCGCAUCUAAUGAAGAUAUUGCAAUGAGUGAAAUCUCGACCUCAAGUGGUAGUAUGCAAGUAGAAAUGUAUGAUACUAUGACAGAUGGGAAAUUAGAAAAGAAAUAUGGUGAGCUUAGUAUGGACGACUUAACUUUGCUGUGUGACCUUUUCUAUUUACCAUUCGAGCAUGGUGGUCAAGGUUUGGUACUUUUACAAGAAUUCAACUGGUUAAAGUCUAAUGCAAAUCUUGUUAUGGAACAAUAUCAAAGAGCAAACAGGGAAACUCCUGAGAUUCAAGAAUGGUUCGCCAGAGCUGCAAAGUUCAAUGAAAUAUCAGAAGGUGUGAAUAAAUUGGUGAAGAAUUUAACAUCAUGCAACAAUCGAGAAUUAUUAUAUGAUCUAUACCCUUAUGUUUGGGAUAUAAGAAGUGUUAUAUCUUUGCUCAAUUCUUAUGUUAGAUGGUUAGCUGGUGGCCAUUUUCCUGCGUCUAUGCCUUCAUACACCCAAGGAACCUACACAUGGUUUUCUAAAGGUUGGAGAGAAACAUUUAUGAGUGGUGACCAGGAACCCUGGGUAUUCAGGGGUGGUUUAACUGCAGAUUUGCAGCGGUUGAUGCCUGUUGAUUCUGGAAACGAUUUAUUUGUGUACAAAAUACCAGACGUACCAACAUGUCGGAUAUUUACGAUAAGACCAUAUGCAAAUACAGAUGAAAACGAUGUAAUGAAUAUUUGUACGCGCACAUCCAAAGAUGGGCUUGAAGACCAACAUCCAUAUCCAGACUGUCUGAAGUUUCUUCAUGCCGAUAGAAUCGUCGCUCCUUAUUUGUUGUUACAUCCAGAGUUUUGCCUGGUCGUUGAAGAUGAUUCUGGUAUUGUGGGAUACGCAUGUGCCGCACCUGAUCAUAAAAAGUUCCGAGUGAAACAAGAAUUGUCGUGGAUUCCAGAGAUGUGUGAAAAAUAUCCAUUGUCCCUUAUCAACAACAACAUAAGUAAAUUUGCACAAGAGAGUAUAAGAUAUUUCCAUGAAUUCAAAGAUGAAAUAUGCAUCAAUAGUCCCACACACCCUUCAAGUAUGGUUUGCAGUCUCCUGCCAUCUGUUCUUGACCAAUCUGUCAGUAAAUGUUUAGUCACGGCGUUGUUAGCAGCUCUAAGAGCGAAUGGUUGUUUUGGUGUUCAUGCCACUAUGAAAGCCACGGAUAGCUAUAUUCAUACUUUUUAUGGUAAACUUGGUUUUGUGGAAAAUACGCAGGCUGUGGAUGGUAAAAAAAUUAUGAAUCGUAAUUUUUAAUCAAGAAAUGGAUUUACCUAUUUACUUAUUUAAUAAUAAUAAUGGAUGACUCUGAUGUUGUAUUACUAUAAGGAAAUUAUACAUAACUUAUAGGUAAUUUGUGAUUGAUAAAAUGAAUUAACUAAUUCGAAUAAUUAAUUUAAAUGUGACGUAUUAAAGUAAUACAUCAAGAGGAAUUAGUAUUCAAUAUUUUCAUUGUUCAUAUGUAAAUUUGAUUGAUGAAUACAAAUGUUUUUUAAUUUU